AGAAGGAGGAAACUUCCUCUUGUUCUCACUCACACAUCAGACUCUCUCUCAUCCAGCUGCUGCUUUCAGGAGGAAACGUUUGAAUGAAGUAGAUUCCAUUCUUGCCAUGAUCACUGGUAUCAGAUGAAUCUCUGGGCUUCUAUUGGUCAGUGUCACCGAACGUGUUGGAAGUGGAAAAGACGAGAGUGAAACAUUAGAGUUGAUCACAUGUGUUGAUGUGUUGCAGGUGUACUGUGAGAUGAGUCCAGACCAACCAGCCUGGACAGUGAUUCAGACCAGGAUGGAUGGAACCGUCAACUUCUACCGGCCCUGGACUCAGUACAAGGUCGGCUUCGGUUCGGUGACAGGAGAACACUGGCUCGGUGAGAAGUGGAACCACAAGAACAGAGACUCCAUGAGGGGCCACAAUGGCAUGAAGUUCUCCACCUUUGACAAAGACCAGGACACAUGGCCUGAUAACUGUGCCUCAACCUUCAUGGGAGGUUUCUGGUACUACACCUGUCACUCUGCAAACCCGAAUGGGGUUUAUCGCUGGGGGAAGGAGUCGACUCCCUAUGCUGUUGGAGUCAUAUGGCACUCUUGGAAAAACACCUAUGACUUCUCUGUGAAGUCCAUGGUCAUGAAGUCCCAUGUGUCUCAUGUAAGAUCCGGAGCCCAAGUUGUUUUGGCCUCUCUUCUCUUCACUGUUGGAGGAGACUCCAUGAGCUACCACAAUGGCAUGAAGUUCUCCACCUUUGACAAAGACCAGGACACGGCGUCUCAUAACUGUGCCUCAUCCUCCAUGGGAGGUUUCUGGUACAACCACUGUCACCAUGCAAACCCGAAUGGGGUUUAUCGCUGGGGGCAGGAGAAGACUCCCAAUGGUGUUGGAGUUUCAUGGAACUCUUGGAAAACCCAUAACUACUCUGUGAAGUCCAUGGUCAUGAAGGUCCGUCCUGUGCAGCCUGAGUAACUUUCCAGGAGCAGCAGCAGACACAUGUUGAUCUGUCUCAACAUCUGUCGCCUUCAUCAGUCAAAGUCAAAUGAAAUCAAACGUUUGAACCCUGAUGUCAAUCAUCGCCUUCUGCAUGUCCUCAAUAAACCAGACGCAACAAAUCUGAUGUGAACAUA